AUUCCUCACUGCAACAAAUGGAAGAAGUGGAUUGAUUGAGCCAUCUAAUAAAAACAGCCCAAUACAGCACAACAAUGGACAAACGCGUCUCCUUCUCUCUCUGUAUAGAGAUAUACACAUAUAUGUGUAUUUGUUACACUUUCUCUCUCUAAAAUUCUCUCUCUCUCUCUCUCUCUCUCACUCCGACACAAACUGGAUUACCAGAAGAACCUAAAAGAAGCCUGAAGAGUAGAAACCACUGUCGGCAAAAUCUCCAGAUCUACGCAUCAGAAAGGGAGAGAGAGAGAGACAGUUCAACGAACCAGCGUCCCCAAAAUAACAAUGGAUUCAGAGCAACGACGCAAGCGAAAACGCAGAGCUCUCUACUCUGCUCGACACUACUUCUCAGUAAGAUCUCUCAUCUUGUGCUUAGGCUUUGUCUCUUUUCUUUACUUCUUAUCGGAUCGAAUUCCGAUCAUCUCUUCGUCGGCGUUCAAACCCGUGUUGGUAGUUUCGAGCCUAUCACUCAGGUCCUCAUCAAGCAAUUCAAUUCAAGAUUAUCAUGAUAGUGAUGGUAGUUCUAGUAGUAGUAUGUCGUCGUCAUCGAAUUACAGAGUAGAUGAUGGAGUCAUGUUUCCUGAUCACGUGUUGUUGAUGGUGUCGAAUCGGAAUGGAUUGAUUAACAACAAGAGUCAGGAAUUGGAAUGUGUUUACUGCGAAACUGCAACUUCAAUUUCAUUCAACAAUAAUUAUACUGGUAGUGAUAGUAGUGGUGUUGUUGAUAAUGAUGAGAUUGUUAGGGAUGUGUUGUCAGUGGAUGAGUACGACGGUCUCAGAUCGAUUGUGCGGUGUCCACUUCCGCCGGCGAAUUAUUCCGGCGCGAUUAGUCUGCGGUGGCGAAAGGGGGAUUUGGUGGAUUUGGACGGCGGUGGUCGCGGUGGCGGUGAUGGACGGUUGAGGAGUAGUAAUCAGAGGGUUUAUUCUUGGGAGAAUUUGGUGUAUGCUGCGAGUUUGGAUAGGGACUCUGUGGUGGUGUUUGUGAAGGGAUUGAAUCUUAGGCCAGAUAGGGCAUCCGAUGCUGCCCAAUUCAGUUGCCAUUUUGGAUUGGGGAAUUGGGAGAGAGAUGGAAGAUUGGUGCUCACCACGGAGGCGAUUACGGCAGCUCAGGAGGUGGUGAGGUGCUUGUUGCCACGGAGCAUUCAGAAGAACCCUAGCAAGGCUCGGGGGAUCCGGGUGACCAUUGGAGUGACCCCCCAUGUCCAUGCCGGAGCUCAUGACCAUGUUCUUGUGCCCUCUGUGGCUAGGAUUUCGAGUUUCAAGUCCGAGGGAGAAGAGAAGAAGAGUAAAGGGGGGAAAUAUGAGCUGUGUGUGUGUACAAUGGUGUGGAACCAAGCUUCUUCGCUUCGCGAAUGGAUAACCUACCAUGCUUGGCUUGGGGUUGAGAGGUGGUUCAUCUACGACAACAACAGUGAUGAUAAUAUCAAGGAGGUGAUUGAAGAGCUUGAGCUAGAGGAUUACAAUGUCACCAGGCAUGUCUGGCCAUGGAUCAAGACUCAAGAAGCCGGUUUCUCGCAUUGUGCUCUCAGAGCAAGAGAUGAAUGCAAUUGGGUUGGGUUCAUGGAUGUUGAUGAAUUCUUCUACUUCCCAUUCCCAACUCCCCGUCGCCAAAAAUUCAAGAAACUGGGAUUUCCGGGACAGAAUUCACUCCGGUCCCUGGUUGAAAACUUCUCAUCAUCAACCAUUGCAGAGAUCAGAACAGCUUGCCACAGCUUUGGGCCUUCCGGGCUGAGCUCCCCUCCUCCACAGGGAGUCACAGUGGGGUACACUUGCCGGCUCCAGAGCCCGGAAAGGCACAAAUCCAUCGUCCGGCCAGAGGCACUCGACGUUACCCUACUCAAUGUGGUGCACCAUUUUCACCUGAGGAAGGGAUUCAAGUACUUGAAUUUGCCACAGGGCACAGCAGUGUUGAACCACUACAAGUACCAAGUGUGGGAGGCUUUUAGGGCAAAGUUCUUCAGAAGGGUAGCUACCUACGUCGCUGACUGGCAAGAGAAUCAAAAUGAGGGUUCGAGAGAUAGGGCGCCUGGAUUGGGGACGGAGGCCAUUGAACCACCCAAUUGGCACCUACAGUUCUGCGAGGUCUGGGACACCGGCUUGAGGGACUUCGUGUUGGCCAAUUUGGCUGAUCCUGGAACUGGUUUGCUGCCCUGGGAGAGGUCUUUUCUUCAGUAACAAAUCAAACUUUGUGGGUGCUUGAAGCUACCCUCACCCAAUGUAUAACAAAUGAAUCACACUAAAGCCAUUCUUUCUUUGAUUGUUUCACUAUUUUGUUUCUGAUUUUUUUUUUCCAGCUUUUGCAGACAUGUAACACGAAGAACAAGCCAUAAGCUGAGUUAUAGGGAUCUUAGAUACUUGUAAUUUUGUGAUACCAUGUUUUCUUUUUUUAUGCUUACUGAUUCAUUUAUUGUUUUU